CGCAGCGGGCCGCGGUGCGAGGCGGAGCGGGGAGCAGGAGGAGGAGAAGGAGGAGGGCAGCGCUCCCGCCGCCGCAGCCGCCGCCAUGCCCAACAUCAAGAUCUUCAGCGGGAGCUCGCACCAGGACCUGUCGCAGAAGAUCGCCGACCGCUUGGGCCUGGAGCUGGGCAAGGUGGUGACCAAGAAGUUCAGCAACCAGGAGACAUGUGUGGAAAUAGGAGAGAGCGUACGUGGGGAGGACGUCUACAUUGUGCAGAGUGGUUGUGGGGAAAUCAAUGACAAUCUGAUGGAGCUCCUUAUCAUGAUAAAUGCAUGCAAGAUUGCCUCAGCCAGCAGAGUCACAGCUGUCAUCCCUUGCUUCCCUUAUGCUCGGCAGGACAAAAAGGACAAGAGCCGAGCCCCGAUCUCUGCCAAGCUGGUUGCAAACAUGCUGUCUGUGGCAGGAGCAGAUCACAUAAUCACAAUGGACCUGCAUGCAUCUCAGAUUCAGGGUUUUUUUGACAUCCCUGUUGAUAACUUGUAUGCUGAACCUGCUGUACUGAAAUGGAUCAAAGAGAAUAUUCCCGAGUGGAAGAACUGCACCAUUGUUUCACCAGAUGCUGGUGGAGCCAAGAGAGUGACCUCCAUUGCAGAUCGGUUGAAUGUAGACUUUGCCCUCAUUCACAAGGAGCGCAAGAAAGCCAACGAGGUGGAUCGCAUGGUGCUGGUGGGUGAUGUGAAGGACAGGGUGGCCAUUCUGGUGGAUGAUAUGGCAGACACGUGUGGCACCAUCUGUCACGCUGCAGACAAGCUCGUGUCAGCUGGAGCCACCAAAGUUUAUGCCAUCUUAACUCAUGGGAUCUUUUCUGGGCCGGCAAUCUCUCGGAUCAAUAACGCCUGCUUUGAGGCAGUGGUAGUCACAAACACGAUACCCCAGGAGGACAAGAUGAAGCAGUGCCCUAAAAUCCAGGUGAUUGACAUCUCAAUGAUCCUUGCAGAAGCCAUCAGGAGGACUCAUAAUGGGGAAUCUGUCUCCUACCUAUUCAGCCAUGUCCCUUUAUAACAACUGAUGCCAGCUUCUGCUUGUAUGGCUUUUUUUUUUUUUUUUUUUUUUU